AAAAUUUUGGAACAAGUUGGCAAAAAAUAGCAAUAUAGAAAUACCAAAUGGGUAAUAAUAGGAAGGAUAUGCAAACGCCAGCACGAACCAUGAGCUCAUCAUAAAGAUCAUCCCUUUGCUUCUUGAAAUUCUCACUCACUCUCUCUCUCAAAGGGUUUUUGUUUCAUCGUUUCAUUUCACCUUUCCCAAACCUUAUAACGAUCUUUCUUGUAACUGCAUUUCAUCUUUCGACCUAACUUCUCCAAGAUCCAAACGGUUACUAUGAUGUGUACAAAACUUGAUUCAUAGUCCUCUUCGUUUCAAUGGACCCUACUGAUAAAGAAGAGAAGGCUAUCUGUGUAAUUGGUGACCAAUCAACUAGCGAUGUUGUGGUGAGGCUACGUACGCAGGAAGGUCGAGAUGAUUGGUUGUAUUGUCACUCAGCUAUACUUGUUAAAAAUUGCAAGUAUUUUGCAGACCGUCUGUCUGAGAAUUGGCCAACUUGUCAGAUUCUAGGUUCGCGCAACUGUGUUGAUGUUAAUUGUCAAGAAUCGGAUUUUGAUUACCAUGUAAAUCUUAUUCGACUUCUUUACAUUGUUGUGGAUGGUUCGGUUGAUGAUUUGUGGCAUGGUGUUAGAAAUGCUCUUGGUAUUCUCCAAGUGGCUGUUGAACUUGGAUGUCCGAAAAUUGUUACUGCUUGUGUGAGUUACUUGGAAGCAAUGACAUGGGAAGAGAGUGAAGAGGAGGAGAUAUUGAAAGUUGUACCUCGAAUGGGAUUACAAGCAGAGCCUAUUCUAGCUAGAGUUCAACCGGUCAACCAGUUAGCUAUUAGAAACAUCUUUCUCUCGGCCGUUCGCUUUGCUACAUCAUCCCCUCCAGCGACAAUGAAGGAUCUGAAAUCUUCAGCACAAGAGCAACUUGAGUACAUGCUAACUGAGGAUGAUGAUGCCCCUUUGUUGAUCGCUGACGACAACAUAAAAUUUGAGGUAAAAGAAUGUGUAAAAAGACUAUUUUCCGGGUUUAACAACUCAUUGAUACAUUUAUUCUGUGGUUCCACAGAAUCACUUUCUGAGGCAGGGAACAUCCUGUUGUUUAAAUCCUAUUUGACUGAUCUGUCAUGGGUUUGUCAGAUAUUGAGUAAGUUGGAAAUAAUGGGAGAUUUUGUUGAGUGUUGGUUUGAUGCAUCAGAAAACAUUGUCAAAGCACUCGAACAAGGAAGUUCUACAAAUGAAGUGGUUGAGGUAAAGUUGCGAGCCAUUGAAGUAACAUCAAAGGUUUUAGAGGCAAUUGCUUAUGGUACUGUUAUACUGCCAACUGCAAAACGUCUUCAGGUUUUGAAAGUGUGGCUUCCAUUUGUGAGGGUUACAAAACCAAUUAUUGAUUCUUCUAUGAUGGAAUGUGAGAAUGCUGUUUUGCUUAAAAUGGAUGGCGAGAUGUGGCAAUCCCUGGAAUCCAGCUUUGUCUCUAUCAUUCUUGCGUUACCAUCAGGGGAUCAGGCUGAGCUUUUAACUCAAUGGUUGGAAAACGAGCAUAUCCGGUAUCCAGAUCUAACUGAGGCAUUCGAAGUAUGGUGUUAUAGGUCCAAGGUUGCUAGGAGAAGACUAUCAUUGCUAGAGGAUGAUCAUGUCAUGACACAGUCAGGUUGAUGCGUUCCAGAAUUCUGUUCCUCAAGAUUAGUGUACUAAUCUGAAAUUCCUGCCUAGGCAUUUAAAAGAGAAGAACAUCAUUUUUUUGCAUGUGAUUGGAAUAUUUUUGUAGAGGCAUCUAAGUGGAGUUUAUCUCCAUCUCCAUUCACAAUAAAUCAAUGUAAAUUGCUUUGAAGAGUAUGUAAAACAUUGUAGUUCUAACUGUGAAAUGUAGAGAAUGUAUUUUGAAAUGAUUGAUUUCAGAACAAGCAAAAUAGAGAAUAUUGCAUA